CAUUUCUCUCCGGAUGCGUUUACAGACCUGACGGCGUGCAGAGAGCAGGACAACACGUGACUGCGAGGCAAAGCUGGUUUCCUGUCAGCGUUAAUCCAAACCUUUCGAAACAGUUUGUUAUGUUUUGACUCCGUUAUCUUAGUUCAGAACUCUUCAGCAAAGUUAAAGGAAAACUUUUAAUCUUCCCGUGACAAGGGAAAACAGGGCUUCCAUUCUAUCAAACAUGACCAUGUUAGGUUUUCCCCAAGACGAAAAAAAAACUUGUAAACAGGAAUGCAAAUUGGGAAAUUGCAGCUACUGAAAUAGAUCUGGCGGAAAAAAAAUCGGAUUCUUGUAUAGGAAAGAUGAAACCCUUACAGCUCAUCUGUCAGAACUGCAAUAUGCAGUACGAAAAGAUUAAGGACUUUAAAGCUCAUGUCCGGAGUUUCAAACAUAAGAAGGAAGUGACAAAACUUUUCGAUUCAGUGUUACAUAAGGGACCAGUUUACUUUCCCAUAUUCGUUUUCCUGGAUUACAUAAGAAACCCACAGCAGACUCAACCACUCAUUGGUUUCGACAUGGUGACGAUGUUUAUUACUCCUGAAAAAAUCGGUGCCCUUUACCUGUGCCAUGUAUGUGAGGAGCAUUUAAGCACUAAUGAUGUUGUAUCACAUCUGUGCUCUGUUCAACAUUACUUCAAUUACUUGGCAAACACUAAUCCAGAGUUGCUGCGUUUUGCUUGGCUCACUGACUCCUUGGCUUAUCUGAAGACCACUGCUUCAAAAGAGUACAACACCAAUGGUUCUGGUAGCCUACGGGUUUUCGAACUGCCAAAGAUGAUGCUGAAGAGGUGUAAGAAAAUGCCAUAUCAUCAGGUCAUGUCGAUGUGUUUCAAAACAGUCAAGCUAAGAGAAUGUAUCCAAGGCAGUAUACCACAGAGGAAAACCAUUCAGGAAUACAUUGCAGACCCAGCCAGAAAGAAUCCGUUAUUGGGCCUAAACUCACUGCUUGAGUACUCUUGUCCAGGAUUUUGUGGGUAUCUCUGUCUUCUGUGCCAGAAAAAACUUCCAGCUGUUCAAAUAAUCUCCCAUUGCAUCAGCUUUGACCAUGUUUAUUGGUAUCUGGAAGCUGCUCACCCCGGAACUUUGGACCCUCCCAAAAGCAGUUACAAUCACCUCUCCCCCAUUCUCAACAAGAAGAUUCUUUAUCUGGCCAAUCAGGCACAGACUCUCUGCCCUCCAGUGGAAAUAGAGAGUGUGCAUCUGGAUCUGGAAUCCUUUAAAGUCAUUAACUCCUCAAGCUAUACAAGCGUUCUGGAAAAUCUGCAGAAAAAACGGCAAGAAAGAAACCAGAGUGAACUAAAUUUUAGUACUACACGACGAGAACGGAUCGUGUUUCCUCCAGAAGAGCGUGAGUCAUCUGCUAGCACAGUAACCACAGACAGCUCAACAGAGCAACAAGAGAAGAAAACACAAAUGAAAUCUCCUGUCGCGCAAACUAGAGAUGAUCCACCAUGCAGAAUUUUGUGUGUCGAAUGUGGCCUGACAUUAAAAUUUAUAAUAGACUACAAGAAGCAUGUAAAGGAAGAGCAGCACAGACAGAAACUCAUUGAGCUUUUUGGACCAGGCCAGUACAGUGGAGCCAUCUCUCAGAUUAAACUGUACCAGUACAUGUGGAACCGCAAGGCAUCUUCCCCAGUCAUAGGCCUGCCACUGCUCACUGUGUUUGUACAGAGACAAAUACAUGUUACUACACCGUUCUACCUGUGCCAUGCAUGUGAGCUUAACAUCCCUGUCUCCUCCGCGUCUUCACACGUUACAUCCGAACAGCACUACUUAAAUGUCUUUUCAUACUCCAAACCAGACCUUGUUUUUCUUGGAUGUCGGAAUUGGCCCCAGAUUGCACGAGAAGAAGAACAGUGCCAGGGAAAACAGAAGAUGGUCUUGCAAGUGUGUGAACUUCACCGUAAGCGGUUUACAGAAUUCAGGACCCUGGCAUAUGAGAAAUUCAUGGAAACAAUUGAGAAUCACUCAAAACUGAAAAAAAUUGUUCAAGUUGAGAAGCGAGUGACACUGCAGUCAUUCUCUAAAAGUUUAGAAAGGAAGUCUCCAUUGCUUGGUCUGCACUUCAUGGUGAAAUAUACUACAACCCAGCAUUAUUUCAAAUGCAGUUAUCUGUGCUUGCUGUGUGAAAAGAUACUUCCAGAAAGGCAUGCCAUUACCCAUGUUUUGAGCUUUCCACACAUAUAUGCAUAUCUUGAUAUGGCCCAUCCUGGUUCCUUGAGGAAAGAAGAUUCGGAUCAGGUGUCUCUUAUCUUGGACUUGGCACAGCAGGCAGAGAAAAUCACUCCUGUUAUGACUCUACGGGAAGUGGACGUGAGCAUUGGAAUGUUUAACAAAAUUGAAAAAAGCUCCUUUAUGUCUGCUGUGAAUGUGCUGCAAGAGGUUUUUAAAGACAAGGGACUGGGAGAACUCAAGCCUUCUGUUGUUCCUGGAGCAAGAUUAGUCUCUACGUUUACGAUAAACAAGGAGAAUACCUCUUCGGGUGAACUACACGGGCAUACAUCAUCAGACACAGAGAAACUGAAAAUUGAUGGAACCUGCACCGUUACACCUAUGCCAAAAACAGAAGAGAAUUCAGAAUAUCCUGAUCCCUUAAAUACAGCACAUGAAGAGCUUCAGAAAACCACAUGUAUAUCCCCAAUGCAAGUACAGCCUGCUGAACCAUCAUUAGCAACAACAGAUUUGAACUUGAAAACUUCAGACCCUCCAAUUCCAUUCUUAAACGAUGAGCAAUCUGAGCCCCUGAAAUUGGACCAGAAGAUUGUGAAUCAAGAAGAACGUUCUGACCACAGCUCCACAGUGGAUGAUUUAACUGUAAAACUUCAAGACUCAAGUGUACCUGAACUUCAAGACUCGAGUGUACCUGAACAGCAGAGUACAGACCUGGGAAAACCUGCCCUGCAGCUGGAGGCUCAGCAGGAGCCAAUGCAGGCUCCAGCUUGCUUGAAUCCAGCAGAUCAUCAGACCCACUCAACUUGUUCUGAAAUCAGGCGCUACCUGAAGACACCUGACAGACAACCUGUAAUAGGUUUAAAAACUGUGAUUGAAUGUUGCAGUGUUGGUCAACAACCAUUCUACAUGUGUGUCACAUGUGUAGAAAGAUGUGAGGAGAGGGACAUCAUAAAGCAUCUUUUGAGCCACGAACACAGACUCCAAUAUCUGGAAUCUAUAGGAAUCUGUGGUCCUGAGCCAGGCAAAGAAAAAGUCAUGCCUGAUUGGUUGCAAGCCCAAGCAGAUAUGGUAGAGAAGACGCAAGGAUGUGGAAAGGCAGAGACACUGAACCUGGAUGCUAAAGAUUACCAUGAAAUCUUCAGUGCACCUAUUGUAACUGCUUUGGAAAGUCUAAGGCUUUCAAUCUUCAAGUUGGCGUCUGAGAUUGAUGCAGAAAACCCAUACCUAAAAAGUGAUGAGAACGAUGGAUCUGAAACAUUCAAAACGGCAACAGAACCUGAAGAAAAGGACAGUUCACAUGCUCAUCAAAAAAAAACUGUGAGGUUCACAGAGCCUGACACAGAGCCUGGAACUCCUAAACAAAAUUCUGAUGAUCCUGCGCGAAGUUCACCAUAUUUAUGGUCUUACCUCACAAGCGAAAUUCGAACAGAGCCUGUAAUCGGUUUGAGUAUGAUCACAGAAUAUCGUAAUCCCAAUGGUCCAAACUCCUUUCUGUGCUCCUGCUGCAAUGUAAUUCUUGCCACUCAAAAUUACAUGGGACACCUGAUUAGCUCCCGGCACCGCUUCAAUUACAUUAAAAGUAAGGAUCCGGAUUUUGUUGUGGCCGGGAAAGUGGAAAUCAAAGUUCCAGAGCUCCGAAAGAAAGCGCAGAUGUUACAAGACAGUGAGGGCUGGGGAUGCCUUAAGGUUAUAGAUAAAGAAAGUAAGCAGCCUAAAAAAAUGACUCAGCAGGCAGCAGGAGAUGUUGAAAAAGAGACUCCAGCCAAUGUCCAGAAACAGGAGCCAUCUGAAAUCAUCUGUGAUACUGAGCCACAAGACCUUGUGCCAAAAGACCAGACCAGUGAACCUUCAAAACAGCAGAACGAGAAGAAAACUAACAGUGCUGAACUCAACACUGUAACUGAUUCUGAAGACUCUGAUAACACCCAGAAACUAGAGCCAUCGCAAACUGGAGAUGAUACAGGCAAGGAAAACAUGCUGAGAGAGCCACAAGACCAUAACAACCUUGUGCCAAAACCUUCAAAAAGCCAGAUGAAGAAGAAAUUAACCAAACACCAUGCUGUGAUUGGAUUGAAUUUUGUUACUUGUGUGCGUCAUGACAAAAAGAAGCUGUUCUUCUGUGAACUGUGCUCAGCCCGAGGUCAUUUUGACCACUUGUCUAGUGAGACUCACAGAAAAGCCUAUGUGGAACAUAAAUAUCCUGGUUGUACUGCAAUUGGCACAAAUAUGAAGAAGCAGCUGAAUAAGAUAGCAUUGAGUUUAGCCACAGUGGAGAGAAGCACCGGGAUAGGAAUGAAGAAACUGAAUGUGUCUGCUAAAGUAUUUACGGCCUUGCGUACUGCUCCUUUCAGUGAAGCCCUGAGUCUCCUAAAGCUGCUGCUGACAAAGCCAGAAGAUGGAGUUGACCUGAAAGCUCCUAUUUUUCAACCUGAACCUAGCACCUUCACAGAACAUAGUGUUUUCAACAAUUCUGUUCAUCAUAUGAUAUGUUCUGCUGCAGCUGUCCACUCCUUGCAGCAGGAGAAACCCCCCUUGCUGGAGAAUCACUCAUGUCCAGGUGAAAUUCCUAUUCCUCAAAAUUCAGCUUACUCUUUCCACACCUCUUCUCUGAUUUCAUGCUGUCCUUUCUCUGUCCCUAUCCCAUUUAUUCCUAAUUCAUCUACCUUUUCUAGAACUGUCUCUUCUCCUUUCCUGUCCUCUACUGACCUACAUGCUCCCGCCUACCACACCAAACACACAUCUACUCCACCACCACUACUUUCCAGCGCCAUUUCUUCUACCGUUCCUUCAUCAACUUUUGUACAUAUUUCACAUCCUCUCUCCUCUCAACCUGAAAGUCCUGUUCAGUGUGUGCUUAUACCCCAUCUCGAGCAUGAAACCAUAUCACCUCCAUCUACAUCAGACUGCCAGGAUGUAACCAAUAUUGCUCCUUUAUAUUCAUAUACGCUUCCAACUCCUGUAAAACUGACUUAUCACAUGGGAUGUGAAGAACCUACAGAUGUUACAGGUCCCGUUCAAGAGACAGUCCCUGGUGUCUCAACUCUGUAUGCUGAGUCUAAAGGAGCAACUGUAGGCAGACACUUCAUGCUGGAACAGAGUAACGCCUCCAGGUUUCUAAACGUAAAGGGACUUUUGACUAAAGAUCCAAUUAUAGGUCUGUCUAACAUAUGGGAGUGCCGAAGAAUUUCACAGCCAACUUUUUUCCUGUGUCUAAACUGUGCUGAGAAAGUUAGCAGAGAGAAGUUUUGUAACCAUAUGAUCAGUGAACGACACCAACGCUUAACCAUUGAAACUCAGUAUCAAGAGGAAUUUCAUCAAUGGCAGAGGCAGAUUUUCCAUCAGAUGACCUUUCAUGACUUGGCUAAGGCCCUGGCUUUGAAAGAGAAGGGGUUUGAUGCUAAGGUCUUCAAGUUGAACAAAACCCAGUACGAAUCUGUGACUUCAGCAGACUUCCGUGAUGCAUUUGCAAUACUAAAGAUGAUGGAUGAGAGCACCCAGCCUUCACACCCUGCAGGCCAGAAUCAGAGAAGCAAUGAAAUCUCUACAGUGAGGUCACCAUCAGAGGGCGUAGAGGCUGAAAAAGAAAGAGAUGAUCGGUCCCAUCGAAGCUGUGGAAACGCAACACAAAUUCAGGAACUUCACAGUAGUCAAGUAGAAAUCAGAGAAUUUUAUAAUGAUAGAAACAGUACAGCAUACACCAGCUUACAAAGUCAAAGCUCUCCAAAAGCCUUGCCAGAGAGUAAGGCUCAAAUACCACAGCCCCAACAUCAAUCUGGGGUAAUAAUAGAUCUGACAGCUAAUUCUAACAGCGAAAAUCCUACGCCCCACUUUCCUAAGCCAGUCACUAACAGUACAAUGAAAAAUCCAGAUACAGGGAAUUCCCUCAAGCACACUGAUUUGAAUUAUAGCACCAAAAAUAGAACAGAGGCCGAUGCUUUGGUUGGCCUGAGUGCAGUGAUUGAGUGCAGAAAUGAUGGUCAGGCUUUGCUGGACUUAUGUGUGUCCUGCUCCACCAUGCUUGAACCUAAACUUAUCAACUACCACCUGGUAAAAUCUGGCCACAGAUAUAAUUACCUGAAAAGACGUUACCCACAUAUGUUUGAGGACUGGUCUGAUUCUGAUAGUAGACGUGAGAACUCCAAGAAGCUAAUGAAAUUUGCUCACAAAGCAAAGGUGGACAAUGAGGAUGAGCCUGGUGAUCCACAGGUGAUGGAACUAAACUGUGAUGACCUAAAGGAAGUAAAAGCUAUGUCAUAUGAUAAAGCCAUCAUACAUUUGCAGAAAAUCAGAAAAGGGAAGAAACUUUGUGCUCUCAAAACCUGCAUUUCUCCCAAGAUCAAAAAAAAAUUAAUAAAACAGGAGAGAAUGGAAACAGACAUAACCCAAUAUUCACAACAGCAACCUGGCAUGAUUUCACAUGAACCAAGGAGAGCUUUAAAGCGCAGAGCUGUUCAAGAAGAUUUACCACUUCAGUCCUUUCCAGAGAAAAAACAAUGCCCUGAUGUACCAUCCAGCCUUUUGAAACAGUUCCCUACCAUGGGGAAAAACCAGGAAACACCAGAUUCUUCAGUAAAGCAAAGCAUGACCUCAGAUCCAAAGUCUUCUAAUAGUAUAAACCCCAAUUCUCAUACUUAUAAAAGAACUACACCCAUGCACAAAAAUGUGCUUAAAAACUGUGAAAAUCAGGACACCUCAUCCUCCAUUACUGCACCUCAGCAAAAGGACUCGUGUCCGAACACAAUUAGUGCUCUCUCGUCCAUGAAGGGCCAAGAAAUUGCUCGGCUGUCUGAAAAACGACCUUCAGUGAGCAAGAGCUUAAGAGGGGAUGCCUGGAAUUAUGAAAAUCAACAGUUCAGCCCUGAAACAGCCAGUAUGACCAUUACAAACACAGUAGCUGAAAAUUCUGCUGAUACUGGAGCUUUAAAGCAGCAGUUCAUUGCAUCCUCAGUGCACAAUUACAACAGGAAUAUUCCAGGUAAAUUUCUGGUAUCCAAUCAUGGCAGAGCGACUUCUAUCACCAGUCAAGUGACGCCUGAUUAUGCAAUGACUCCUCAAUAUCCCAUGUAUAAGCAUACUGAAUACCCUUCAGAUACUGCUGCAUUUAAUACAGCGGCAUCUGAUUAUCUGCCAGUACGUGAAAGGGCCAUGAAUUAUGAAUCGGUGGCCCCAGGUAUUUCUACAAAUGCUACAGAUUUAAUGAAUGCAAACUCUGCACACAUGUCACAUACAGAUUAUCAAGGUUUACCAGUACAUCAACAGAUUCACCAACAAAUUCAAUCAUUUAAGGACCCAGAGACAUGUCAAGCCUACUAUGCUUGCUAUUCUUACAAUCAGGCUCUUCACACUAACCAAACUGCAGCAGAUGAUGAAAAUGUCAGUUCCAUCCCUGCACUUGAACAUGGUGUUUACCCACUGGCUAGCUGGCCACAAAAAAAGAACUGAAGAAGAACCUGCCAAAGCAAAGGACUUCAAAUGCUGUUCAAAACAAAGUAAACAGCCAAAACAAGCAUUAAUCUUUUAUUUUCAAAUAUGACCUACUUUUUUAUUUCUAAGUCAUUUAUAUAUGGUCUCAUAUUCCUGUUCUGUACAUUAGUCUGUAUAAUUGUUUCAUGGCCAGCUCUUAUAAAUGCAGUGAAUAUUAGUGAUACAUGUGUGAUGUUCUGUAAAAUUCUCUGUAAUUCUUUUAUUGGCCAUAUGAGCUUGUCUUUGUUUAUAAAAGACAAUACUGUUUUGAGUUUGUUUUGGGUUGGUUUUUUUUAAUAGUUUUACCUUGACUGUUAUGAAUGAAUAUUAUUUUGAAAGCAUUUACAUGUUUGGAGAUUUGGAUGUUUGUGAGAAGCUUGAGCUUUUCUUUUCCUAUUUUGUUGUAUUUGUUUAGAUACAUUUUGCUAAAUAAAAAUCUCAAAUGUG